AUGCGUCUUCCCGUGCUGUGUCUCUUGUUUUGCGCUGGCCUUGCGCUCGCCCAGCACAAUCAAUACCCGGUGACCACGCCGGUGCCCAUUUUGAAGCAGAUCAACAAACACAAUGAGGACGGUAGCUACAGUUACGGAUACGAAGCAGCGGACGGUUCUUACAAGAUAGAAUCGAAAUACCCGACUGGCGAGGUGUAUGGAAAGUACGGAUUCGUGGACGACACUGGAAGCGUACGAGAGGUCGAAUAUGGUGCGUCGAGACGCGGAUUCGAGCCAGCAGGAGCUGGAAUAAACGUGCCUCCGCCAACCUUGACUGGUAACAGCAUCGCGAAUCCCAACGAACCGGCCGACGAUGGUCAAUACAGAGAGGAUCCGUCUGUUUAUUACACAGAUCCGCGAUACACGAAUGGAGAACGAUAUGAACCUGUUCCACGAAAACCAGUGGCUUACAACCAACCACGGCCACUUCCAGCGCCGAUUUACAAUCCACCCAGGUAUCCCACGCAAGUGCAGUAUCAGCCGAAGCCGCAGUUUCAACCAGAAUAUCGACCGCAGUACAGAUCGCAGUAUCAACCGCAAUAUCAGGGCCAACAACCGGCGUAUCCCGCUGCGCCGAUUCAAAGCGGAAUUCAAGAUCGUCCGGCGGCCAACGUCGAUCCGAAUGCUGGAUUAGCCUCCUACACGGUUAAUUACAAACGAUAG